GUAGUAUGGUCACGUGCUCCGAACGUCCGGCGUUCGCCCCGCCCCCUCGAUUUCCGCGCGCCUCUUUGGCAGCUGGUCACAUGGUGAGGGUGGGGGUAAAGGGGGCCGCUCUAGCCUGCGGCCUGUGUCUAUGGUCGGGCCCGUAGCGUCCAGCUGCCCCGGACCGAGCUCGAGUGUAUGGCGCCGCAGGAACCGGCUCCGGGGCCCCGAUAACGGGCCGCCCCCGCAGCUCCAGACACGGGGUGAGGGUCUCCUCUGGUCUGAGAAUGGCUACCCCUCGAUAUGAGCCAGUGGCUGAGAUUGGUGUUGGUGCCUAUGGGACGGUGUAUAAGGCCCGUGAUCCCCACAGUGGCCACUUUGUGGCCCUCAAGAGCGUAAGAGUCCCCAAUGGAGGAGGUGCUGGAGGGGGCCUGCCCAUCAGCACAGUCCGUGAGGUGGCUUUACUGCGGCGGCUGGAGGCUUUUGAGCAUCCCAAUGUUGUGCGGCUGAUGGACGUCUGUGCCACAGCCCGAACUGACCGGGAAACCAAAGUGACCCUGGUGUUUGAGCAUGUGGACCAAGACCUAAGGACAUAUCUGGACAAGGCACCCCCGCCAGGCUUGCCAGUGGAGACCAUCAAGGAUCUGAUGCGCCAGUUUCUAAGAGGCCUAGAUUUCCUUCAUGCCAACUGCAUCGUUCAUCGGGAUCUGAAGCCAGAGAACAUUCUGGUGACAAGUGGUGGGACAGUCAAGCUGGCCGACUUUGGCCUGGCCAGAAUCUACAGCUACCAGAUGGCGCUUACACCUGUGGUGGUUACACUCUGGUACCGUGCUCCAGAAGUUCUUUUGCAGUCUACAUAUGCAACACCUGUGGACAUGUGGAGUGUUGGCUGUAUCUUUGCAGAGAUGUUUCGUCGAAAGCCUCUCUUCUGUGGAAACUCUGAAGCUGACCAGUUAGGCAAAAUCUUUGACCUGAUCGGACUGCCCCCAGAGGAUGACUGGCCCCGAGAUGUGUCUCUACCCCGAGGAGCCUUUUCCCCCAGAGGGCCCCGCCCCGUGCAGUCGGUGGUACCUGAGAUGGAAGAGUCUGGAGCACAGCUGCUGCUGGAGAUGCUGACUUUUAACCCACACAAGAGAAUCUCUGCCUUCCGAGCCCUGCAGCACUCUUAUCUACAUAAGGCAGAAGGUAACCCAGAGUGAGCCAUGGAAUGGUUGCAACAGAACCAAGAGAAGAGAAGCCAACAUUUCCCUUCCUUUGAACAUUUGAGUGGAGAGCCCCCCACUAAGAAGGUGACCUCUGCCUUCAUCUCUGAGGCUAUGGAGAUGACUCCAACUUUUUAUAGAGAAUAUUUUGCCGCCUUAAUGACAUUCCCCUCCCACCCCUCCUUUUGAGGCUUAUCCUUCUCUUGCCCCCUCUGUGUCCUUACACCAAGGGGUAUGUCCCUUGUUCUUCCCCUUCCCUAUACAUUGAUAUUGGGAUCCUUUUUUAUACAGGAAAAACAACAAAACAAAGAAAUCUGGUCUUUUUUUU